UUUCGGUGAUACUGUUCUUUUGUGGUUCGCGAAAGUGUCAAAGUAAUCUUGCAAAAACUAUCGGAAAAGUUAAUGUUCAUAUUUAUACCUCUCGAAGAAAGACUUGUUUAUUAUUAUUUACUGUUGACAUAUUGAAGUUCUCUGCAUAACAGUGUGUGGGACAUGGAAACACCGAGCACACAAAAGACUCGCGCUGUGCUCUCAUAAGCUCAUUAUCUUUUUCUCACUAAAUUCCAGUGCUUGUUCAUUGUGGAUAAAGGCAUGAAAAUUAUGGAAUUACCUGGUGAUGAUGGAGAAUGUGAAAUUAAACUUGUUAUUACGCCUCAAUCAAAGAAAUCAAAACAAGCAAGAUUACCUUUCCAAACAUUAAGUACAGAUACACCUAAAGUUAAUAAAAAAAGGAAACCAGUAUCAUCGCCAGAUUGCAGAAAUGCUAAACAAGCUAAAGUUACAACAAAAGAAAAUUCUUUCAAAGCAUCUGAGCAGAAGACUAAAAAUGAAGAUGAAAAACUAAUUGAAGAAACAGAGGAAAAAAAUGACAGUAGUGCUGUGAAAGAUACCUCAAAAUUCUCAAAAUCUGAAGAUACAAUUGAUACAGAUGGUACUAAAAAUAAGAAGACAUCUAGUAAAGGAUCAGGAAAGCAUAAAAAAUCUGAAUCAAAAACUCCAGUAAAUUCUCUCACCAAGUUUUUUAAAAAAGUCGACAAUAAAGUUACCAAAAAUAAUGAUCAGAGUCCUACUAGUUCUAAGAGUAAAGAAUUGAAACUUCAAGCUAGUGUCAAAACUGAAUCAAAAAAAGUUUCAACAGAUUCUAGCUCUGAAAAUAUUGAAGAUGACCAUGAAAAUAAAAAUGUAAAUGAAUCAAAACAAGAUGAAAUCUAUGACAGUGAUAUUGAAGUAUUAAACGAGAUAUCUUCAAGUAAAGAAAAUGAAACUGCUGAUACAUCUCAUUUGAAUAGCACUGAAAAUAUUACUAUAGACUCUGAUGCUCUGUCAGAUAUAGAUGAUAGUCAUGAUGAUAAUGAUGAUGAUUCUCAUAUAUCAGAUACUGACAAUAAAAAAACAGAACAUGAAGAUACCGAUAGUAAAGAAGAUUACAGCAGGGAUAUUAGCAAAAAACAAAUCACACAAGCAAAAAAUAAGUUGCUUGAUAUGUCUAAGGAGAGGAAAUUAACUCCCAGACAAUUGGAAAAGAAAUUAGAAAUACAAAGAAAACGAGAGAUGAGGGAUAAGCAAAGACUAGAAAGAGAAAAGAAAUUGCAAGAGGAGCGUGAAAGUAGAAAGCGAGAAAAAGAAGAAAAAAAGCGUGAACGAGAAGAGAAGGAGAAAAUGGCGAAAGAGCAAAAGCGAAAAGAGAGAGAGUUGAAAGAACAAAAAAGACAAGCAGAACUUGAACAAAAGCAAAAAGAAAAAGAAGCAAAAGAAGAGGACCGCCGUAAACGUGAAGAAGCAAAGGAGGAAGAAAAGAAACGAAAAGAAGAAGAAAAACUCGAGGCGGAGAGAAAAAAACAAAAAGCUGCAUCUAAUUUCGUGAGUUUCUUCGUGUCAAAGAAGCCAACAGAGACAAAACCCGUGGAGGAAGAGGCAAAAGUUGAAAACAAAAAUUUCAUGCCUUUCGAGGUGAAGACUGAUAUGAGAUUAGCUCCGAACGUAAGAAGAAAGAUAAGCGAAAGUGAAAAAUCGAAAUUUUAUGAAUUAUUCUUAAAAAACGACUUGGAUAAAUCUAAUUUGUAUAUAAGUGAAUUGAAAAGUAACAAAUUAAGGAUAAGAAAGUCUGCAAAUACUUGGCCUCCGGAAAGUAACGAUGACAUUAUUAUAGUGGAGGAUGGGGAAGAAGAGAGCGCUAAUGUCAUUCAAGCAACAAAAGUGGAGAAACAUCGCGCGAAACUUUUGCUAUUCGAAGAUAACCGGCGACCACCAUACUGGGGCACUUGGCGUAAAAAGAGUACGUCUAUUAAUCCUCGAAGGCCAUUCGCAAAGGACGAGAGCUGUUUCGAUUACGAAGUUGAUUCCGACGAUGAAUGGGAAGAAGAAGAACCUGGAGAAUCUCUGCAUGGAUCUGAUGAUGAAAAGGAUAAGGAUGAGGAAGAUCCAGAUGAAAAUGAUUAUGAUGUCGACAAUGAAUUCAUGGUUCCUCACGGGUAUCUGUCAGAAGAAGAAAUUAUGGCUGAUGAAGAAGACGAUGAAGAUGACUUGAAUCCCGAAAACCAGAAGAACAAACUAAAAAUUCUUGGAGAACAAUUUGAAGCUGAGAGAACGAGAAAGACGACAAAAUUGAAGCCCAAGGUAAUUGGAUGCGUCUGGUUGCACAGUGAUAAUACCUAUCCAGAAUCCGUACCGUCACGUGCCAGUUCGUUCUUAAUAGCUCGUCAAGCUUGGACACGCCAAAUUCCGGUCAUAUUGGCUGCUUCACCUGAUACUGACAAAGUUAACGACGAUAAUUCAUCGUUAGGCAAACCUGGUAUUGGAUCCAGUGCAAGAAAAGCUAAAGCCCUGGAAGAAGCUACGCCAAAUUUGAUACAAUUGGUACAUGGCAAUAUAAACGGUUGCAAGUUUUUGGUAAAAGAGUUCUUAGAGUUCUUGGCUAAAACGAAGGAGGGAGAACAGCCGAUGCCUAAAAUGAAAAUACAACAGAAGAUUAAAGAAAUUGCAGCGUGGAUGAAUUGUACGGAAAGUGGACCAAUGUAUGGUAAACAUUGUUGGUGGGUAUCUGAGGAAAUUCGAAAGAAGUACUUUGGCGAAGAAAAACUUUCUAUGCCAAAUGCUUGGACUUACUAUUUAGAACCAAAGAGAAGGACAGUAGCCGUGGAGCUAACAGAAAAAGUUGACGACAAAGAAAAGGAAAAAGAAAAAGAGAAGGAAAAGGAAAAGGAAAAGAAAACCGUGCCUUUGAUAACUCAAUUUACUAAAACGCUGACUGCCGAAAAUAUGCAAAAACAGUUGACUGAAAAACCAUCUGUUACUACACCAAAGACGGUAGAAAAAGUCAUAUCGGCAUCAAAAAUAACUCCUCUUUCGAAUAGACCUCCAAAACGUGCUACUCUUAUUUCUGUUCCUCGGGGAGAGUCACUUCCCAAGUCACCUCGUAUUAGUCUUAUGGAAAAAUUUGUAACUAAGGACGGUGCCGAUGAUAGUGUCACUGAUAAAAAGCCGAAAUCUGAUAAUCUUGACGAAGAAGAUUGCAUGAUCAUUGAUAAUUCUGAUGAGAGUAUUGACGUUACGCUAGCUUCAAAUGUAUCAAAUGUCACAAAGAACGUUAAAGAAAUGUCGAAUAAAGAAAAAUCAGAAACUGAUCAAGAUGUCAUUGUGGAAAGUGAAAAAAAGAGCGAGAAACUGGACAACUCAUCGGCAAAUUCUGAUAUGGAUGUCGUUGAAAAUUAAGUGUUUGACGAUGUAUUAUUCUAAAUCGUCUGAAACAUGUGAAUCAUGUAAAAUACAACAUAAUAUAAGCAGAUAUAUUCUACGUUUAUACGAAUUAGUUUUAAUUUUGUAAAAUUCAUGAAUGUUUUUUGACGCAUUUUUAUUUUAAUGUUUUUCGUAUAUUUUCUACUCUGUAUUAGGUAAUAAUAGGAGAAGACAAAUUACUAUGAUCAAGCUUAAUAUUUUUUAUAGUUAAAUAUGUAUAAUUUGAUUUUUCAGUCAAAACUUACGAAAAGCUUUUCAAAACAUUCACACUUAGCAGUCUUUGUGAUACAUAAUUUUGUGCCUUAAUAAAUAUAAAAAUAAGUGUUACUGUUGUAUUGGCAUUUAAAAAAUUUUGCAGAAAUUAUAUUAGAUAUCUUGUUCACAAACCGUAUUGAUUACUAUUUUAUUUUUAGUCGUCGCUUCAUAAUCCAUGCAGCAAUAUACUAUACUUUGAAUAGUUACUAUCAUACUAAUCAUUUUUACAUAUUUUUUAAACCCAAUACUAGUUUAUUGUAAAGAAGAUAACUUUAAGAAAUAUAUUAUUUUCACUGCUAUAUAUUACAAGUUAUUUAAAAAACAGUUCUGGAAGAUUUAAUGGUCCGUUUGUAUUAUUAUGUAGUUUUAUGGUGAUUAUUUAAAUAAAGUCAAUACUUAACAAGACAAUACUUUAUUUUCUAUAUUUGUGAGCAUUAAACAA